UGUGACCGCGUCUUCCAUACGUCCGUUCACAAACUGAACACGUUAACAUAGUAAAUUUAUUACGAAUUCGAUUUUUAUGACAUAGCCCUUAACGUGCUUCACGUAGUUCCUGUACUGAUGUCUGUGGACCUCACUAGUACCAGUGCACUUUCUGUGUCACUUAAAUAUGCGGCACUCAGGAUGUGAUGUGAUGUCUUUGUUGCGCAGUGUCAUGGCUUCGGACGUGGAAGCGGCAAAUCCAGUUGUUCAAAGGAGUGUCACGUCCCUAAGCCCCAAACGAUGUCUGGGCGUGGAUCGGACACCUCUAGAACGAAUUCUCAUGGUUCUUCUCCUUAUUAUGACCUCCAUCUCUGCCAUCAUGCUCGUACUACUUGCAAGGCCUCCAACGUUCACGAUCCAUCAAGCCGAGGAAAUAUCGGAAGAAAAUUUUUCUUCGGCAAGGACAGACGAAAUUAUGGUGAAGCCUGAACCAUAUUACUGCAGUGGAUCACAAUGCCAAAGCAUUUGCGUCACUGAAGCCUGCGUCAAAGCCGCCGCAUCCAUACUGCGUAACAUGGACCCGUCUGUACACCCAUGUGCAGACUUCUACAGCUACGCCUGCGGUCAGUGGAAGCACCACCACGUGCUUCCACCGGACAGGCCGCAUUACGACACAUUCGCUCAAAUGAAGGACGAACUCAAGGUGCUACUCAAAGAGCUUCUAGAAUCACCAAUCGACGAGACAGACAGCAACGCCACAGCCAACGCAAAGAACCUGUACGCCUCAUGUCUGAACGAAUCCGUUAUCGAAAAGCGCCGCGAGGAGCCGCUGUUGUCCUUGCUGAAGGGUCUGGGCUCGUGGCCCGUGAUCACGAAGAACUGGACGGGAGAGUCCUUCGAUUGGCUAAGCCUAACAGCCGUCAUGAGACAACACAGCAACGACAUCCUCUUCGCUCAGUGGGUGGGCGCUGAUAGCAAGAAUUCCUCCGCUAACGUCAUACAUGUCGACCAGGUAGAUACAGGUCUUCCUAGUCGUGAGUAUUACGUGCGUGGUACGCAACAGGUCGAGGCCUAUUUCAAAUUCAUGGUCGACAUCGCCGAGCUGCUGGGCGCCGAACGGAACUUCGCCAUCAGGGAAAUGGAGGAAGUGCUGAAGCUUGAGAGCAAACUGAUCAACUUGACGAUACCCAACGAGCAGAGGAGGAACUUUUCGGUCAUUUAUAACAAAUGGACGAUGGAAGAGCUGCAAGAGAGGAUUCCUCUAGUCAACUGGACGCGGUACUUCAACGCUGUCAUGCCCAUGGAGCUGUCCCCCAAAGAAGAAGUAGUGGUUUUUGCACCCCAAUAUUUGAAGCGCAUGUCGCAACUUAUCGAUGCAACUCCAAAGCGCGUCGUGGCCAACUACAUACUGUGGAGAUUCGUUUCCAACCGUGUGGGAAGUCUGGACAAGCGGUUUCUGGCCAAGCAGCAGGAGUACUUCGGGGCCAUUUACGGGACGCAGUCGACGCCCGCACGCUGGAAGACCUGCACCGUGCUAGUGAAUAAAAACAUGGGAAUGGCGGUGGGGGCGCUCUUCGUGCACCACCAUUUCAACAAACAAAGCAAGGAAAAGGCCGAGGAGAUGAUAAGGGACAUCAAGAGUGCGUUCUUGGAGAUACUGGACGAUGUUGAUUGGAUGGACAACGAGACCAGGCAGGUAGCGAGAGCGAAGGCCGAACUGAUGUCACAGAAGAUCGGAUAUCCUCAGUACAUAUCUGACCCCGAAGAAUUGGACAAAGAGUACGAGGUAGAAUUUGAGCGGGACACGUACUUCGAAAACAUCAUCAAGAACCUGAAGCACAAUGCCAUCAAGAUGCAGAUGAAACUUAAGACUGGUGUAGACAGGACGCAGUGGAUAACUUACCCAGCGGUAGUGAAUGCAUAUUACACUCGGUCAAAGAAUUUCAUUACAUUCCCAGCAGGCGUAUUGCAACCCCCGCUUUACCACAAGGACUUUCCGCGAUCUGUAAACUACGGAGGCAUUGGUGUCAUCAUCGGCCACGAAAUCACGCACGGGUUUGACGACAAAGGCCGUCAGUUCGAUCAGCACGGGAACUUAAAGCAAUGGUGGAAGCCCGAAGCUCUGGAGAGGUUCCAAACAAAGGCGCAGUGCAUGGUGGACCAGUACAGCCGCUACUUAUUGCCUGAAGUCAACAUGCAUGUCAACGGUGUGAACACCCAGGGUGAAAACAUCGCUGACAACGGGGGCGUCAAGCAGGCGUUUCGCGCGUACAAGGCCCACGAGCAAGUGUCCGGUCUCGAACCCCGUUUGCCGGGAUUAAACUUAACCCACGACCAACUGUUCUUCCUGACCUACGCUCAAAUCUGGUGCGGCACCAUGCGGCCCGAGCACGCCGUCAACACCAUACGCACUGGAUCGCACAGUCCAGGACGGUUCAGAGUGAUAGGCGCUCUGUCAAACUCGGAAGACUUCGCCCGGGCCUACAGCUGUCCUCGAGGGAGUCCCAUGAAUCCACGGAGGAAGUGUGAAGUGUGGUAGACGUCGCGUCGGAACGUCGUCGGCAACAGGCGGUGCCUCGUUCAACCGCAGAAAUCUCAGAACAUUCCUCAAACUUCCGACAUACUAUUUCUCUUUCAAAUCACUCGUUGACACCUGGCGAGGUACACGGACACUGUGGCUUCGGACGCAGGAGUAACGUCAUAUCUUCCGUAUCGAUGUGGGCAUCCUAACGCUCUGAUGAUGAUUCAGUAAGGUUGUCGUUGCAUCGGUAUUUUAUGGAAGGACAUCUGCUAACUUCAACAAACUAGCUUAGUUUUGAGGGCGAUCACAUAUGUCUAUAGAGCCGUAUCCUUGGCAUAAUGCAGAGUCCUCAAACUGAAGUAAGACCUCGCUGACCUCAGGCCAUUAUGGUGAGAUUCACGGUAAAGAAAUAUGACCGUUGUAACCAUAAACUAACUCCAAAACCGAGAAGAGGAGCGGUGUUCUUACACAAGUCAGAAAUGAAAGACUCUGCUUGACAUGCCAGAGGACAUAUAUGUAAGCUGGCUAGGCAAAUUGUGUAUAUUGAGAAAUCGCAAAAACGAUGUCAAGAAAAAUAGUGGCUCUUCACAUAUGACUAGGCCUGCCUUAAGUGUUCGGGAACGUUGACGUCAAAUCCUAUUUACUCGACUGCGCGGCUCUGACUUGUAAAAGGAAAUAGAAGAGGGAGAGAGAGGAAAAAGAAAACCAAAACUAGCUUUGUUGACACUCUAUGGUUUCAGGAUUGCUGCAUUAAUAUGACUCGUAAAAAAAUCAUAUAACUUUAUAAUUUCUUGCGCAAGAUACAUAGAGGGACUUCCCCAUGUUUAUGAGGUCCAGUUUUAUAUGAGAAUUCUGCUGAUCGUUGUAGAGCAGAACAAGCUGCAUUGCCUGCUUCAAUUCUCUUCUUUCUUCUGCUUCUUUUUUUUUCUGUAUGGCUCCAUUUUUUCACCCACAAACGCGUUUUGGAGUAGCCAGUUCUAAACUGGGUCGGGAGUAACCUCUUCAUGUUUUUCUUUCUUUUCCAAUCCAAUCCAAUCCAACGUGCGUCGCGUUUCACUUGUCCUUCCGUUCGCUCGUCUUUCGUUUCUUGGCUGAACGCACAUAGAGACCCACUAUACACUGCACUGCACGAAUUCACCAUAAUUAUAUCUCUGUCUUCGACGACCGUUCACACCAAACUGCCUUGAAAAACGCGCGUAGCGCCAGCAAGAGUGUAUCGUGUCAACUACUAAGAGGGCAUUGAAUCCAAUGCUGCUUGACAGGUUGACACGGUGCGUGCUUGCUUGCACGAGCAGGGUCGUGAAAGGAAGCCAUCUUAUCUCGAGUUAUCACCAUUAUCUUACUUAUCCGCCACCAAGCGUAUGUUAUCUCGUGCGGGAAUCCGUUGUUGAAGGAGUUGUACUAUAGUUGUACUUUUGUGAGCAGCUUUUUGUCUCUAUUUUUCAGUUGAUUGUGUCCAUCCCAACUGCCCUUGCUCCUCCCCCUCCCCUGCUAUUUGUGAUAAUGCUCCCGCUGUUCACAGAUGCUAGUGUUCACUGAAGAAGCUGUAAAAAGUGUGUAUACUGAUAUGCGUGUAUUUUUCAGUGAUGUCGUUGACGAAUACCCCGCUCUAUUUCCGACAUAAAGGGGAUAAUUGGUGAUAUGCCCAGUGGGGGGACUGGCCAUGUACAAAGUAUGAUGACUAAGACGUAGUGCCAGCAUUUCCCGCAUCGUGGCGCUCUCAGCCGAAUAUCAUCACUUUCACACCGUUAUACAUAUCAUCCGUGAAAUAAGAGACUUUUUUUAUUUGGCGAAAGAGUGAGUUUAAGUGUAUUGAUUUCGCCAACCCACCAAUGUGAUGUGAUGAGGGCUUGUAAAUAAACUAUGUUUGUUUGCGUUUCUUGA